CGACCGGUAUACAGUGCGAUGCUCUGAAUAUGGGGUCGUAUUGCUUCCCUCUGAUACAUGCCGGCCUUUGAUGCGCUUCUCGGACGUAGAGCGUGCGCUCUAUGUGCGCUCCGUUGAAGAAGAGUCUGAUCUGCCAGAUUGUGUACUCUGUAGCUAGUAGCAGCGCUCUGUACUGGAGUUUACCUCGAUUGGCAACAGCUUUUGGCGUUCGUAUUUCAAUCUGGAACAACUGGGUCAAAGCCGUCUAUCCCGUUGACCUGCCCAAGACCUGCAGGCGCAGAACACCAUCGACGAUCACCGUAUACACCCGGCGAACACUGUUUUGACUGAGGAAUCAUAUCGUACCUUUUGAUGCAACAGCAAUGGUCGAGUGGUGCUCAAGAGUAACCCUUGAAGGCACGCUUAGCCAUCACAUCAUGUCAGAGGCAA